CUAUCAUUCACAAUUUAAAGUGACGCUUUAGGAGAGAUAAUGACCUCGUAUUUACACCGUUACCCAUGCGGAGACCUGGCGAGACUCACGGCCAAGUACUGUGAGGAUCAGAGAAAGGCUGAGCGCCAGUAUUACAACCGAGAAAGACAGACAAGCGUUCUGGAUCACCCUGUCAUCACCCGAUUAACUCCGGACAAGCAUCAAGGUACUUUUACAGUGCGUUAUGGUAGAAAUGAGGGUCCGGAACGAAGUUUAAAUGUAGCUUACGCAUGCUGCACGGGAGCCGUGGACAAUAACAUCACCGAGGGCUGCUACGACAACUAUGACGAAAUAUGUGAGUUCAUACAGAGCGACAAAUCAGCGCAUGCGCACAAGCCCUGCGUCUCCCAAAGUUUUUUUGAGUCUCUUGAGGGUUGCGACAUUGGUCCAUCUAACACGUACAGUUGGAUGAAAACCAAAAGGAAUAUCACCCAAAGCAGCAGCAGAUACGCGCAUGGACCGAGCGACACUGCUACGACCUCCCGCACAAUGUUUACCACCAAACAACGCACUGAACUUGAGAAGGAGUUUCACUUCAACAAGUACCUCAGUAGGUCUAGAAGAAGUGAAAUUUCGCAGGAUUUACAUCUCAGGGAAGACCAGGUCCGGAUCUGGUUCCAGAACAGGCGGAUGAAGCAGAAGAAGAGAGAGAGUUUGACCACAUGCAUGCUUGACUUCCCCAUCACAUUGUCCAGAUAAACACGCCUGGUACCAAAUCCAAUGUAAUUUAUUAACCCCAUAUUUAUUAACAUUUAUGUGCCUAAUUGAUACGAAGCCAUUAUUUAUCAUGCACUAAUAUUUAUUGAGUUAAGUAACAGUAUUAAGUACUGUGCUAUGACGCAACUGUGCCUUUAAUCUUAGACAUUUGAAUAGUCAAAGAGGUUUGAUAGAUGUUCGAUGAACCUUUAAUCUUUUAAGCUUUAAUUGACUUAACUAAUUUCUUGUAAAAUGAGCAAAUUAUUUUCACCAAAGAGUUCAUAAGGCAAAAUCCUCUGUGUUCUCUGUCUGACCUGAAAUCAGAUCACUUUGACCUCAGGAGUAUUACAUUUUCCUCAAGGUUCUCAACCUCCUAAAAUAUCUCCCCUGUCCUAGUCUUUAAAUCAUGACUGAUCACAAAAAAGGAUUAUCUGUCAAUGUGCCGUGUUUUGAACUUGAACUGAAAUAAAAUGUUACAAAUGUAACCAAACUGUUUCUGGGCAGAAUAGUAUAACCAGGUUAGCCACAAAAAGUUCCAACGUGCCAAGUUUUCUCAAUCACAUCAUGACAUGACUAGG